GCAAAGCGGCUCGGGUUUACACGGCCCGCAAAGGCAUGGACCCGCCUGGAAGGGUCUUUGCUGUGCAGGACACCUAGGAGCUGCCUUAUGAGACUUCUCCCCCACCCCCCUUUUUCUGACCGUCCUCCUUAAGAAGGUCCCAGGAGGCAGAAAGUGGAGCCCAGAGUUUUGCUGUUAUAGGGAGGAAAGUUUCGCGGAGUAACGCUGACAUCCAGGAAAUGAGUAAACCAGAAAGCGACCGAACCGGGCGCUGCUAGCGGUGAAAAAGGCGAGCAUGGGGCUAAGAAGGAAGGAAGAAAUCCCGGGAAGCCCUUGCCCAUCGCCUCGGCCGGUGGCUCCGUGAACGUUUACAAAGGGGGCCGCCGUUUGCAACAGCAAAGAAGUGGCUGGCGACAAGGCGCAGGAAGGAAACGCCAUGCCAGCAGGGAUCUUCCGGGUGUGUCUGGUGGUGAUUGCGGCCAUCGUCAACCACCCACUUCUCUUCCCCAAAGAGAAUGCCACCGUUCCUGAGUACGCUGAGGACAUCAUCCAGAAGAUGAAGGUGCAUGAGGAGAACCUCCGGCUGGAGCAGCUGCGUUUGGAGCAAGAGAUUGCUGGACAGGAGGCCGCGCUGAAGGCUUUGGAAAAGGCCACAGAGACGGAGGAGCAGAACAUCCAGGAACCUCUCCCCUGGGACUUGUGGAGCGCCAUGUCCAUGGUCAUCUUCCUGCUGAUCGAGCUCUGGAGGCAGGAUUACCAAGAUGGGAACUGGCAGGAGUCAGCCAGUGAGGAAGACGACAUGGCCGUUCUAGGGAAAGCAUUCAAGGGCGUGACCCUCCCAGACAAGGCCGCGUUGGCCAACUUCUACGAGAGGUGUAUCCUGGGUGCCACUGGUGACAUGGCUAGGAAGCGAGAGUUGGUGGAAGGCUUUGCGGAUGACUUGCUGGAGGCCCUGAGGAGCGUGUGUAACCGGGACGCUGACAUGGAAGUGGAGGAGUCCAUAGGGGUGGGGAGCAUGUACGAAAACUGGAGGGUGCACAAGCCUUUGGUUUGCGACUUGAUCGUCCCUUUCAGGCCUCCAGAGCCAUACUGUUUCCGAUCCCAGACCUGGUGCUCGAGGGAGUCAGUCCGACCAGACAAACAAGGCUACGGCACCAUAAAAGUCUGCAGGGCGGAUGAGGAUGCAGCAGGUUGCAUCUGUGGCAAGACUAAGUGGGGGGAAGACAUGUUGUGCCUCCUCCAUAGCCAAACCAACCAGACCAAGCCCAGUGGUGAGAUGGAGGAUCUGCUGUGCUUCAAAAACACCCAGUAUCUGGAUGCCGACCAGGUCAUGAAGUGGUUCCAGAUCGCGAUCACCAAGUCUUGGAACAAAAUCUCCCAUAAAUAUGAAUUCGACCUCUCCUUCAACCUCUUGGACUCACCGGGAGCCCUGAAGAUAAAAUUCAGGUCUGGGAAGUCCAUUGCCUUUAAUCUUACCCCUGUGGUACAGUGUGAAGACUCGGAUGCCUAUUUCAUCUCCCAUUUCCCUCGCAGCGGCCUGAUGGCUGAUCCUGCCUCCAGUACUGACUGGUUUGUUACUUUUGCGGUGUACGAGAGGAGGUUCAUCCACUCCAUCUCCAAAAAGCUGCCUGCCAAUGCCUGCCACCUUAGCUGCCUUCAGAUCAUCUCCUUCCUUCAUGGAAAGCAGUGCAGCUUAACCGGUCCAAGCAGCCUCACCAACUACCACCUGAAGACAGUGAUGCUGCAUUUACUGCAGGCCCGGCCCUAUCAGGACUGGGCCUCUGAGAACCUGGAGGCCAGGCUGCAAGACAUGCUGAAGUUCCUGGAGAAAAGCCUGCAGGAAAAGAAGCUCUGCCACUUCUUCAUUGGAAACCGGAAGGUGCCAGAGGUGCUGAACUUCCCAGUAGCGUUCCAGAAGGCAGAGCCACUCAACCUUUUCCGUCCAUUUGUUCUGCACAGGGACGCUUACAGAAAGACGGUGGACACGUUUCAUGAGAUGCUGAGGAACACCUCUGCACUGAUAAAUGAGUACACAGUGCACAUUCCCUCUGUGGGACACACAAAUAUGCUUCACAAAGAACCUCUUUAGCAGAACCAGUGGAGAAAUGCUCUUCCAUCAAGCACAAGUUCCUGGGGCAUCGCAGAAACCUCUUGUAGGCAGUUGACAUCAGCAGGAGAGACUCUCUCCUUUCAUGGAAACCAGUGCAGGCCCUGGUUUCUUCAGAGUGGGAGCAGAAGAAAGAAGAGGAGAAACUGAAAGAUUUAUGCUGUCAAAGUGUCCCUCCACUCCACCAAUGGGUUGGCUGGUUUGUUUUUUCCCAUUGUGCACCAGUCCCUGUGGUGGUGACAAGCAACAGACAGGACUAAUCUAUUCAGGUGUCGCAAUGCAAAUAUUGGGGGUUAUUCAGAAUCUCUAAUCAAAUAUUUAGUUUGUUUUUUAGAGGAGGAGGAAGGGAAGGGAAGGGGAUGAGAGGGAAACUAAGAUGGCUCCCACAAAAAAAUAAUGUUGCAAUUGAGACCUCCUACUUGUAAAAAGCCACAGCCCUGUGACUGCAGCUUGAAAGUUUAGUAACAGCUGAUUUUUCUGUGUUUGGGGGUGGAGGGAGUUAAAACCCAGACUCUGCAGAUGAAUUUCAAUCCCUCACGUAGGAGCAGAUAAAGCGGCAUUGAAAUCAACCAUCAUUUUUUAAACUAAUGGAAAUUCAAGUUGCAAAAGUGCCCACUUAGUAGGACUUUCAGCUGCAGCAAAACAACCUCUUCCUCUUUCCUCCCCCACCCAAAUACAUACUUCCUGUACCUUGCAAAAUCCUUCUCCCUCGGGAAGCAUGCCGGAGACAGGGGCAGGGGGCAUUUGUGAUACAAUUAUAAUUAGUCUCUUUCAUUAUCAUCCUGGUAAAGGGCAGGGGAGUGGACUUCAUGCCUGGGUGAACAUAUGGUCAGGACAGUGUCCCAUUGCUGCUCUGAAUGACCCAAUUGAUCAUUCUUUUGAUGUUAGUAUCCUUUGAGCAGCAAGACAGACACAAACAGAGCAGGUUCCUAAGGGACAAACUGUUUUUUCCACUUAAGCAGCUGAUAUGUGUGUAGAGGAACCCAAUGAUGCUGCUGUGAAAUGAGCCCAGAUAUAACAGUCUCCUGGCAAGGUAGAUAUUAACCUCGUAACCUGGCCAGAGUAAUCUAGUACAUUUUUUUUUAUCCUACCAAAGCAGGCAGGCAGAACUGCUGUGACUAAGGAAGAGAGUGGUGCGCAAGGGCAACUGGCAAACAGGAGCUUUAAAGCUGGAUGUGGCAAACUCUUAGUCUCCACAGUAAAACUGCUGUCCUGUCUCUCUUCCUAAACACCCCCCCCCCCCCCAGAAGGUCUCCAUCUGCCUCCAGACAAGACUGCCUCAUAAAUGCUGCUGCUUUGAUCAGUUGCUUUUAGGAGUCUCGGCUAGAGUGAGGUGAGGCCCACAGCCCUCUGGGACCAAAGCAUGGUGCAUUUACGGCCCCUCCCAAGCUUCAAGCAGCCGCAGGAGAGUGAGAGUCUGAGGAUCAAGUCUUGGCUUCCAAACCUGGAAGGCUUUAAACAGUUUUGUAUUUUGAGGCUAAGGCUCUUGUCUUGUGAUGUGUUCAGCCAUGGCUCUCUUUUUAGAAGAGGGGGAUACUGUCCUUGAUGGCUGCAUAGACAGCUCUGGUGAUGCCACCUUGCAGCAGGGUGCUCUAACCCACUCAACCUAGUCACACUUCUGCAAAGUAGAUUUGAUCCCAUCUCACUGAUCGUGACACCCUCUGGCAAUAGACUAAUUAUCCAGCCUGCUGCUGAGAGCAAACCUUCAAGAGAAGGUUCCUCUUUCCAGGAGGAACCAUUAUCCCACCCUUCAGAAUGGAUGCCCAAAUCCACCCUUCCAGUGGAAAGGGGUCCUUAUGCACAAAGGCAGAGGGCAUGAGCUG